AUGGGCCUCGCAUCAGACAUUGUCUAUUUCGCCCGUCGUCCGGAUCAGCUGAAGUUAAUGGUUCAAUGGAAACUCCAACACAGUCCUCUCCAGAUAUACGAGCGAAACAGCGUGUUGAGGCACGCGUCGGCCUCGGCCAUGGUCUGCUUCGAGUUCCUAGACCAGACCGGUCGCAGCUUCAGCUCAGUGGUCAAGGAGCUACACCCGGAGCUACUCAUGCCCGUGUGUGUGUUCUACCUGGUGCUGCGGGGCCUCGACACCAUUGAAGACGACACGUCGAUCCCGCUCGAGACCAAAGAGCCGCUGCUUCGCGGCUUCAAAGAUCGUCUGGACCAAAGCGGGCCCGGCUGGAUCUUCACCGGCAACCGCGUGGAGGAAAAAGACCGCGAACUGUUGGUGCAGUUUGACAAGGUCAUUGGCGAAUUCAGGAAACUGAAACCCGUCUACCAAGUGAUCAUCAAGGACAUUGCCGACCAAAUGGGGAACGGGAUGGCGGAUUUCGCGCGAAAGGCUGCCUUCGGCCCUGUCGGUGUCGACACUGUCGAUGAGUACGAUCUCUAUUGCUGGCAUGUGGCCGGUGUGGUCGGCGAGGCUCUGACGCGCCUGUUCCUUGAGGCUGGGCUGGCUGAGACGAGCUUGAUCAACCAGGACCACUUCCAUCUGUAUAAAUCCAUGGGUCUCUUCCUGCAGAAGAACAACAUCAUUCGCGACAUCCGUGAAGAUUACGAUGACGGCCGGAGGUUCUGGCCGAAGGAGAUUUGGUCCAAGCACGUCGACGAUUUUGGAGACCUGUGCAAACCGGAGAAUCGAGAGCGUGCCCUCAGCUGCAGCUCCGAGAUGGUCUUGAAUGCGCUGGGCCAUGCCACCGACUGCCUGUCGUACCUUGGAGCCUUGCGCGAGCAGAGCGUCUUCAACUUUUGUGCCAUUCCCCAGUCCAUGGCCAUGGCCACUCUGGACUUGUGUUUCCGAAAUCCCGCCGUCUUGGAGAGAAACGUCAAAAUAUCAAAGGGAGAUGCACUCCAGCUGAUGGUCGGGUCCAGCCAAGGUCUUGAGAGCGUGUGUGAGGUCUUUGGUCGUUAUGCCCGCCGAAUUCAACAAAAGAAUGAGGAUCACCCCGACGAUCCUAAUUCCAUGAAUAUCAGCAUUGUAUGCGAACAGGUCGGUACUCGCAGCCGUACACUCGCCGCUGUCUGA